UAAAAUUCUGUAGAUCAUUAUAAAUUAAGGAUUUGAUUUUAAAAAUGAAUUUAAUAUUUUGUGUGGUUUGGUGUUGCCUUUGGUGGGGUUCUUUGGCUAAUGAAAGUAGUUUUAUGAAACUAGUGGGUGUAGGAAAACCAUAUUUACCAAUAUCAACUAGAAGUUUGGUUUUCGAAAACAAAUGGUUUGAACAGAAACUGGAUCAUUUUAAUCCUAUUGAUACGAGAACAUGGAAGCAGAGGUAUCAAAUGAAUUUGAAAUACUAUAAACGCGGAGGCCCAGUUUUUCUACUUAUAGGUGGAGAAGACAAGAUUUCACAGGAUUGGAUGAACGGUGGGGCUUGGAUUGAAUACGCUCAAAAAUGCAAUGCUUUGUGUUUUCAAUUGGAACAUCGGUAUUAUGGAAAAAGUCAUCCCACUGGAAAUUUAAAUACUACAAAUUUACUGUUCCUAAAUAUUGAACAAGCAUUAGCUGACUUAGCAACAUUUAUAAGCACCAUAACAAAUGAAAAUGAAAAAUUGCUGCUUAAUGCUAAAUGGGUAGUAUUUGGAGGAUCGUAUGCAGGAAGUUUAGCUGCCUGGGCAAGAAUGAAAUAUCCACAUCUCAUUUACGCAGCAGUUUCAUCAAGUGGCGCUUUAAGUGCGAAAAUAGAUUAUAAAGAAUAUUAUAUGACUGCCCAAAACGCAUUAUCGGAUUAUAAUUUAAAAUGCGCUUCGCGUAUAAGAGAAGCAACUGGAAUGAUUAACGAUUAUUUGAAAACCAUUGAGGGAGCCAAAUAUAUUGAGAAAAAAUUCAAAACGUGCACUCAUAUAGACAUAAAUAAUAAAAAAGAUAUAACACAAUUGUUUGACAACUUAGCUAUACCCAUUGCAUUAAUUAUACAAUUUAAUAAAGAUAACAGAUAUUACGAAAAUGUAGACCGGUCGUCUAUAUCAAUAGUAACAUUAUGUAAUAUGAUGUUAGACAAGUCGUUAGGAAACGAACUUGAAAGAUAUGCAGAUUUACACAGAUUAUUAAGAUCCGUUAACAAUAAAGAAUGUAUUGUAAAUAAAUAUCAAUCUAUAGUUAACGCUUUUAAGGAAACAUCUUGGAAAAAACAAUUUGUAAAAUCCGGAGAUCGACAAUGGCUUUACCAAACCUGUACAGAAUUAGGUCAUUUUGUUACAUCUAAUGAAGAUGAUCACUUAUUUGGUAAAACCAUUCAAUUAAACUAUUUUAUUGAUAGGUGCAGUGAUGUUUUUGGAAACUCAUAUGACUUUAAUGCAUUAAAUAAGGCAAUCAAAAACUCAAAUUUGAUGUUCAAAAAUUUAAAAACAAAAACAAGCCGGGUUAUUUAUUUACACGGGUCUAUCGAUCCAUGGAAUAAAUUAGGUCUUACUCAGCCACAAUCAAAUAAUUCCGUUUCAAUUUUCAUUGAAGGAGUAUCUCAUUGUGCAGAUUUAUAUCCUUCUACUCCAUCGGACCCUCCUCAGUUAACUAAUGCUCGCAGAGAAGUUUUAUAUUAUUUAAAAAAAUGGAUGUUGGAGACUAGAAACGUCAUUUAA